AUGUCGGCGGAACAUAGGUUAAUUUGGAACGUUUAUUCAAAGGAAGAAAUUGGAGGAAAAGUUAGACAACGUAUUUCUAGAUUACCUUUUGGAGUGGAAAUCAAUUUCGUACACGCAAAAUGUAAAAGGUGUAAUUGCUUGGGAGACCCUCGUUUAUUUGAUAAUCUUUGUCAUCCAUCUAACAAUCCUCCCCCAAGGCAUAAUAUUCAAAUGGAGCAUUAUCAUCCACGUAAGUUAGUUAGGGGUCAUUACGGUCCGGUCAUUCUCGUUCAUUCCGAUAGUAAGAGACCUUCCUCAGAAAAGAUCUUGCCCACUAUGAUUUCUGGUGCGCUCACGGGUGCUGCCGCUAUUGGUAGACCUGCUUCCGCCGCCGGUCCGUACGGGUUAGCCGCUGGUACGAUCGCAGGUGGAGUUCUCGGUGCCGCCGCCGGGGUUAUUUGGACGGCUAAAGAUAAGUGUAGAGAUUGUCAACGUCCUUUCACGGAUGAAGGAUGUGUUAAACAAUGCUCAUGUUGUAAAAGAUUUUUGGGUGAAAGUGGUUGUAGAUGGAGAUUUGCUUGUUGUCAAUGGGAAGAAACUAAAAUUGGUUGUAAAACUAGACCAAUUUGUAUAACUCCCGAAUGUGAUUUAGAAGAACUUGAUCCCUGUGUAUGCGGUGCUUGCGGGAUGUUGUUAGGGACUGAAGGAUGUUCAAGAGAUGUUGAUCAUAAUGUAAUUUAUGAGAAGGAUGUUUUCGAUGAUACCGAUUCAUUUUAA